UGUCGGAGUGUCUCGCUCGUUCUCGGUCGGGUUGUUGGUGCAGAAGGAACAACAUGAGCAAAGCCAGGUCUCUCGAAGAUGCAGAAGACAUGCUUGCCGAGGGAAUAUUUCGCAGUUUGAUUGGAGGCGUCACCGACAUGAUCGCCACCACCGACCGCCUCGCGCGAACACAAGACGAUCUGUUGGCAACCAGCCGGGGGCUUCUGGAAGAGCUCCGACUACACGACACAGCCCGCCAGGCCGACGCUAUCGAAGCAAGGGCGGACAAGAUACGCCAGACUUGUGCUGCGUUGGAGAGGGUCACCGAUCGCCUUGCGGCUUUGAGACGACGCGCGCAGGUGCUGGAAGCGGAGCUUGAAGCGGACGGCUGCGUGGCCGGAGAUGGAGUCUCGGAGCUCUGCCUUUGAGGCCUCUCCUUGUUACUGCUGUAGUCUGCCCUUAGAGGCCUUCGUUGUUACUGCUGCUAUAGUCUGCCUUUAGAGGCCUAUGUAGUUUGUGCUGCUGCAGACUUGUACCCCAAAACAUUAUUUAACGCUUGAAGCCCAUGCCUUUUUGAGGACACCAAUAUUGGGGGCACUUCAAAGGACACCAUUUUUUUCACAAACACGGUGCCCGGCAGAAUGUACAAACCAAAGGGGGAUGUAAGCACAUUUUCAAGAACCACACCGUGAGUGUCCUUAAAGCGGGCAUGACUGCUGUACUGUAGUACAGAAAAUAGUGUUUAAACGGCUACGCGUUCGUUCAGAUCGGCGGUGGCGUUUCGGCGGGCCAAAAGUCGGAUCGCGCGAUUUGAUUGUUCAUAGCUGCCUUGCACUGGUUGGCCGGCGGCGAAACUGACGGGCGGCCGGGUAGAUUUCGAUCCGCCUCCAUAAUCAAGACGCCGCAACGUUGCCUAGCCGACCACGCCGCCUUUGGUUGGGGAGGGUCGUGAUAACAUGGGGGGGGGUUCGUCCUGGAUCGAAAAGACAAUGGCCCCGGUAGAUUGGUCGAGGGGUUUGAACGGUUGGAAACCGUUCGUGAGUUCUUGACAGAGCUGGGAUAU